AUGACAUCAGCAUCUUUGUUUACCAGCCGGGUGCAGCUAGCCAACCUCUCCGUUAGCAACUAGCACUGGUCGGCUGUCGGGUUCGCUGUUCGUCACACAGGGUGUGUAACUUCACCGUGAGGAUAAUUAACAAGUCGUUAAUAAUAUGUCUGUAAACGGACCCGGAGGAGACUCCACAGACGCAAAGAGUAACUAUGGAAAACAGUCAGAGUCCUCUUUAUCUGCUUCCAUGGACGUGGAUGCAAAGCCCAAUGCCCACAGCUUCAGAUACAGCCUGAAUUUCCCCGUCAUCGGCCAGUGCAUCAUCAUCAACAACAAGAACUUUGACAGCAACACAGGCAUGAAUCAGCGAAACGGUACAGAUGUGGAUGCAGCCAAUGCCGUGAAAGUAUUUGGAAAGUUGGGUUAUAAGGUGAAGGUUUACAACGACCAGUCAGUGGAGGAGAUGAAACGGGUUUUAGUUUCUGUUUCACAGGCCGAUCACACCUGCUACGCCUCGUUUGUCUGUGUUCUGUUGAGUCACGGCGACGACGGCGUGUUCUUUGGUACCGAUGGCUCGGUAGAGCUCAAGUAUCUGACGUCACUUUUUCGCGGUGAUUGCUGCAAAUCCUUGGCGGGAAAGCCCAAACUCUUCUUCAUCCAGGCCUGCAGAGGCACCGAUCUGGACCCAGGCAUUGAAACAGACAGUGUAGAUGAUGACAGUACCAGGAUCCCUGUGGAAGCAGACUUCCUCUAUGCCUACUCCACAGCCCCAGGCUACUACUCCUGGAGGAACACUAUGACUGGGUCCUGGUUCAUGCAGUCGCUCUGUGACAUGAUUGGCAGAUAUGGCAAAGAAUUGGAGCUCCAGCACAUCAUGGUUCGAGUGAACCACAAGGUGGCGCUAGAGUUCGAGUCCGCCUCCAACUCGCCAGGCUUUAAUGCCAGGAAACAAAUCCCAUGCAUUGUGUCGAUGCUGACCAAAGAGAUGUAUUUCUUCCAUUGAUGUCGUCUUUCCAUUGGAAGACUCCAGCCCUUUGUUUGCAGAAGGAAGGCUUGAGUAUAUAUGAGGUGGUGAGUCAUUUCUAGUUGACACUGUGGCUGAAUAUCUUGUGAAAGUUCAGCUCACAUAUUAUCUGGGAGAAGAUGUGAGCUUGCAUUAUGAGCUUCUUUCUGUGUGGAGUACAUAUCUGAGAUGAGGUAUCGCGGGUUUUAUUUAUUGUGCAGGACGAUAAUUUUGAAUCCUCGUUUUAAACCUUUAAUCAAAAAUCUUUGUUGAAAACGAUGUUAAACAAAAGGGUUGCACAACGUAACAAAUCAUCUAAAAGAUGAAAUGUUAAUCCAAUCUCAGUUUUCCACCAGCGAAUGCCUCUUUUCUGUUUUAUACUAAACACAUUUCAGGGAAUUGUUUUCAGAGCCAGUUUGAUGGGACCUUUUUAUAUUUGUUUGAUCAUGAAAACAUAAAUGAGCUUCCUGCCUUCCUCCAUCAGCAGUUUUUAACUAUUUUCUAAAUAAGACUUCGGUCUAUUUUGUGGGAUAAUGUGUCAUUUCUGUGCCGUUUUUCCCCAUCUUCUUUCACGGAGUCAGUGUAGUAACAUUUAAGGUUCUCAAACUAUAAUCAUUCACUCGGUAGGUAAAUUAAAGGAUGCUGUGUAGCAAAUUUAGGAACAUCCAUGUAGCUGUCAUGUUGGUCUUAAAGCUCAGAAUUCAUUUUGUGAAUGUUUUUCAUUUUCUAAACGUCAGACUUUUAAAGCUUGCAUGAGAAGAGCCAGCCCACUUGCAUGAUACUUUUGUUUGCUUAUCGCCAUACUUGAACACAUGUUUACAUUUCAUCAAAGGCAAUAGCUGUUGAUUUUCUUGUGGUUUUAAAAAAAGUUAAAACCAGAUGCUUUUCCACUUACAAAACUAUAAUUACACAGCACAAUUUUGAUUGUGUACUGAUCCAGGUGCUGGUCAUUUGUGAGUAAAUAUUUCAAUAUUUACUCAAAUGACCAGCACAUAUUUCAAUAUUUACAGCAAACCAGCUCAAAUCGAUUUUUGCUGUUAAAAUAUUUCACUGUUUGAAACCAGGUUUUAUGUCGUAUCCACAGAACUUUGCAUGGGCAUCACUUUUGGCUUUUUUAUAUCACUGUUUUGUAUGCCGUGAUACUUUGAGUUUGGUGUAAUGUUUUCUGGAAAAGAUUAAAAGCCACUUUUCAUUG